GGGGCGGCGGCGGAGCAGGGCUCAGGGUCUCUGCGGCCUGCAGAGCCUCCCACCUGCGUCCAUAAGGCUUUGCCUUUCCAACUUCAGCUACAGUGUUAGCUAAGUUUGGAAAGAAGACAACAAGGAAUCCCCCGGGCAGUUUCUCUUUUGCCGUUUGCCAUAGCUGUCGCUGGGGUCUGCCUGGACGAGGCUGUUGGGUUUGCAAAGGUGCCAUCGCCAGGUCCUGGGGCUCGGGUUAGCGAGCACCUGAACGAGGGCCGAAGCAGCGGCAGCCGGCAGUAGAAAGCAGGAGAGAACGAGAGGCUGGUGUCAUGAGCAGGGCCGGAGAGCAGGGCCACCAGCGAGGAUGCUGCGGGUCCUUCGCAAACUACCUGAGGUCAGCAAAAUUCCUUCUGUACCUUAGUCAUUCCCUCUCCACUUGGGGGGAUCGCAUGUGGCACUUUGCAGUGUCUGUCUUUCUGGUAGAGCUCUAUGGAAACAGUCUCCUCCUGACUGCGGUGUACGGGCUGGUGGUGGCAGGAUCUGUUCUGGUCCUGGGAGCCAUCAUCGGUGAUUGGGUGGAUAAGAAUGCCAGGCUGAAAGUGGCCCAGACGUCCCUGGUGGUACAGAACAUUUCCGUCAUCGUGUGUGGAGUCAUUCUCAUGCUGGUUUUCUUACAUAAAAAUGAGCUCCUGACCAUGUACCAUGGAUGGGUCCUUACUUCCUGCUAUAUCAUGAUCAUUACUAUUGCAAAUAUUGCAAACUUGGCCAGUACUGCGACAGCAAUAACAAUCCAGAGGGAUUGGAUCGUCGUUGUGGCGGGAGAGGACAGGAGCAAAUUAGCAGACAUGAACGCUACCAUUCGAAGGAUUGACCAGCUCACCAACAUCUUGGCCCCCAUGGCUGUGGGUCAGAUUAUGACGUUUGGGUCCCCAGUCAUUGGCUGCGGCUUCAUCUCAGGGUGGAAUUUGGUGUCUAUGUGUGUGGAGUACUUUCUGCUGUGGAAGGUCUACCAGAAGACCCCUGCCCUGGCUGUGAAAGCUGCUCCUAAAGGAGAGGAAGCUGAAUUGAAACAGCUGAAUGUACAUAAAGAUACUGAGCCAAAACCCGUGGAGGGCACCCACCUGAUGGGUGAGAAAACCCCCAACAUUCCUGAACUUGAACACGAGCAAGAGCCCAGCUGUGCAUCUCAGAUAGCGGAGCCCUUCCGCACCUUCCGAGACGGAUGGGUCUCCUACUACAACCAGCCGGUGUUCCUGGCUGGCCUGGGUCUUGCUUUCCUCUACAUGACUGUCCUGGGCUUUGACUGCAUCACCACGGGCUAUGCCUACACUCAGGGGCUGAGCGGGUCCGUCCUCAGCAUCUUGAUGGGCGCCUCGGCCGUCACCGGCAUCAUGGGAACGGUGGCUUUCACCUGGCUGCGCCGGAAGUGUGGACUGGUUCGGACCGGUCUGAUCUCAGGCUGGGCCCAGCUCUCCUGUCUCGUCCUGUGUGUGAUCUCAGUGUUCAUGCCCGGAAGCCCCUUGGACUUGUCCGUUUCUCCUUUUGAAGUUACUCGUUCCAGGUUCACCCAAGGAGAACCAGUGUCCACAACCACCAGGAUACCCGAGACCAUCUUCCCCACCGAGAUGCACAUGUCCAACAGGUCUGACGCCGGGGCCGCCAUCCUGGAGAUCAGCCCCAGGCCGGUGCCCAUCAUCUCCGUGAGCCUGCUCUUCGCAGGCGUCAUUGCUGCUAGAAUCGGUCUCUGGGCCUUUGACUUAACUGUGACACAGCUGCUACAAGAGAAUGUCAUUGAGUCGGAAAGAGGCAUCAUCAACGGUGUGCAGAACUCCAUGAACUACCUGCUCGACCUCCUGCACUUCAUCAUGGUCAUCCUCGCCCCCAACCCCGAAGCUUUCGGCCUGCUCGUGUUGAUUUCGGUCUCCUUCGUGGCAAUGGGCCACAUUAUGUAUUUCCGAUUUGCCCACAAAACUCUGGGCAACCAGCUCUUUGCUUGUGGUUCUCAGGAAAAAGAAGUUUCAGAAGAAAAUCAAGCCAACGCAUCUGAUGUGUGAGGCAGUUUAACUGUUGCUAUCCCUGUUACUAGAUUAUGUUGAGCCCCUGUGCUUAUUUUUGUACUUCAGAAUUCCAAUACAUGCCUGGGUAUUUCUCUCUGGUUUUACCACAGCUAUGCCUGAGGGGCUAAGAGCUAGUUAGGAAAUCUAAACCAGCACACAGGAGCAGGUUAACUUCCCUUACAUGUAGGUGUAGAAAAAAAGAAAACGAAAAUGCAUCAGUAUAGGGAGACCAUAUUGAUUAAAGUGAAUUUUUCUGUUCUUCUGAGUCAAUGAAAAUUUAACUUUAAACAGUAAACAUGUGAAUUAAAUUAUUCUUUGACAGAUAUUUAUUAUCUGAACUAGAAUUCAGAUAAGUCAGUCUUCCCUAAAACUCUUAUUCAAAGCUAGCCAGUUUACUCGAUUUGUGUCUUAUUUAUCAGAUACAUUAUGAACACAUGUUCUCCCCAAGUAUGAAGACUACUGUUAGAUAAACAGUAUUAUCCUUAUUGAUCCUAUUGGUCCUAAGGGGUUCAAAGUAUAGAAAAAUGAAAUGCUUGGCUAGAAUUCUCUAAUAGCAUUUAUGGUUUAACUUUAGAGAGCACUUUCAUAUUUUUAUUAUAAAAAAGGCAAAAUGUUGUAUUAAGCAUACGUAGCUCUUCAUAAAAUGGCUAUCGUGUAAGCUACUGGUAGAAGCGAAGCUGGAAAUAGAUUUAUGAAGCAGUGGAUGUGUAAGGAGAUCGAAUGUGCCAGUAGGUUGACCAUAGGAACUAGGAGCUAAAAGCUACAGGAGUGAAAUCCUAAUUUGACCUGUGCCACUAUCACUCAUAAUAUCUCUCUUCUACCGUGGGACAGUGGGCCGUGGACGUUACAUAUCCAAAGAUACCCUUCCUUGGGAAAGUUUAUGUCUAGAAAUUAUUUGAAUGACUUUUUACAUACUCAGAUAGAACACUUUUACUGUACUAUGUCCAGAUGUUAUCUUUACAUUGUUCUACAGCAAGAAUUGCAGAAAAGGUUUUCCUUCAAAAGAAUAGACCAAAAAAAUGUUUGUGGCUAUUUUUAAAAACUGUUUCACAAGUCCGUUCGCAACGUGCCAGUACCGGUGAGGUACCAUGCCUUAACCUUUCAUGCACUUUCAUGGAGACUGCAGUACGUGCACUUUCUGUAUCUUGGAGGUUUAUUCUUUUUCUUCACCUUUCUACAGUAUGAUGUAAUGAGUUGCUAUGUUGUAAAAUCUUUGUAAAAUAUUUCUAUAUAAAAAUAUUUUUAAAGUCUUA